GCAGUUGUGUUGGGGAGAGCGUGUGUCGUGUGCCGUGUGUCGUGUGUCAUGUGUCGCGUCGCUGUUGUCGCGCGCUAGAAACAACCUCGUUAUCAAUACCGGCUGUGUCCUGUGUGGAGGUGCGCGGAGCCGUCGAGUGCACGUGUGUGUGACAUGUGAAACAAUCGGCUCUCCUUGUGCGAUCCAGACUGCCCCGGAGGAAAGGAUACCUAACCGGCUGUUACAAAUGUUCCCGAAUAUUUCCAGAUGAAUACUUGAAGGGGCGGUGGGUCCCGCAUGGCGCGAGCUGGCAUGGCGAGAUGGCGUCCCAAGAGCCCGGCCAAUGGCGAGGGUGACGAGGUGCAGCGCUCCCUGGAGCUGCUGGACCGCGUGCUGUCGGAGUUCGACGACCUGGAGAACGGCAACGUGCAGCAGCACGACAGCCCCACGCUGGGACACCAGUCGGAGGACGACGGCUACAUGAGCAUGAACGGUCGUCGGUCCAAGUGCUCGCCGGACGAGGAACUGCCCGAGCCCCUGCCGCCGCUGGCCCCGGUCGACUGCCCUCCGCCGCCCGAGGAGGCCCAGCGCGUCAUAUCCACCCUGCUGCCCAGAGUGUCUCCGUGCAGCUCCAUGCAGAGGGGCAGCGAGCGAUGCUUGCCGAGUGCCGAGUCGCUGGGCCACUGGGUACACACUGCCACUCAGACCACUCUGCCGAAGACGCGGCACCAGAGGCCUUACGGCUGGCAGACAGGGGCCGGCCAACGGAACGAACCCUCGCCUCAGCUGAGGUUCGCGAGCCUGCCCUGCAGCAGCGUGUCUCGGUGGCUGCCUCAGUCGAGCAGCGGCGUCGAGCGGACGUUCCCGCCACGCGACGAGCUCGCAGACUUCUCGGACGACUCCCUGGAGGAGCAACCUCGAGCAACCACGCGGAGUGUGUCCUGGGAGGUGCCUCUGCUGGAGCCAGGAAGCACUCAGGUGGUGGGCCGACGUCGCCGCUCCACGGACCACUCCAGCACUGGGUCAAUACACAAACCAAAAGAAACAGAGGAAUGGCCAGACCCACCACAGUCGGAAAUGGAAUCAACAUUCAGUGAUGCUUUCUACGAUUCUUCAAUCACCAACGAUGAAGAAGAGAAUUGCUUGCUCCCAGCAAAAUUGUACAACAAACAGAUGUCUCAGGGUGGCACGUAUGUAAUUCGCAAAGGACGGAAAAAGGAACGAAAGUCGCUGCCGAAAACUGAAAUGCUUCAGUACGAACAGAACCCACACUUGAGCGACUUGAAGCGCUGCAGUUCGACGUUCGACAACAUCAAGUCGCUGCUGAAGGAGGGGCUUCUGGAGGGCUUGGACGAGCCGCCUCCUGACUUCCUGCCGCCCGCUCCACCUUCUCUGGGACGAGUCCUGUCGCUGCCGAUGUUGGUGGGCUGUGACGUGCCGGACUCCAGCGCGUCUUACUUCAGAGACGCCCACCAUCGCUCCAAGACGGAUCUGCAUCGCCUGUCCCGGACUCACGAACUGGCAGUCACCGUUGAAGAGGAGGAAGGCUCUUCCUACUGUUACAACUCUGAAGAUUGCAAUGGCUUGGACGAUCGGUUGUCGGAUUUGAGAGUCAGUGAAGAAGAGAGGAAAUUGAUAGCGCAGCUGGAACGGGAAAACUCUGGCCAGUUUCUCGACAUGAGUGCAGAGUCCCUUCUGCUGGGUGAUGGAGACUUUCUCGGGCUUAGAAAAAGAAAUGACUGCUCGGAUAGGAGAAGUAAUUGUUCCUCGUCAUCAAAAACAUCUAGCAAAGAAAUUUUUUUUAAUGAUACAGAAUUUGUCCCUCGUGAACAGCCUAGAUUAUCAACCGAUAGCUUAAAUCUGUACAGAGAUGUUCCUCGUUACUCGGUUUCCAAAAAGAAACGGGAGUUGGGUCACAGUUCCGAGGAAAGAUUGACAGGGAGUCAAGAAGCACUUCUAGAAAAGGUUAAAUGGGAUGCAAAAUCAAAUAAGAGGCCGGAAUGUUUACGAUCACGAAGCGAAGAAUAUGCCAAGAUGGUCGACGUAAGUGAUGUGUGGCUAGUGGCAGCUGAACUGAACCACUUCGAUGCAGUGUCCGUGGUAGAGGGCGACUGCAGGGAGCGUGCGGCAGACUUGGCCAUGGCGACGGACGAGUGCGACUUCCCGCCGCUCCCACCGUCCCCCGUGGAAGAAGACGACGAGUACUCGGAGAUCCUCCCGCCCAGCCCCGUGCAGACUCCGGGAGACGAGGCGGACAUUCUCCCGGAACCCCUGUACAGGAGCCUGGAGCCGCCCAGCGCUAACUACACGAGCAGGUGUUGUCUGCCGGAGCCGAGCCUCGCCAGCCUGUCCAUGGACACAGGCUUCAGCAGAGGUCUCAGUUCUGGCUCCAGGAGGGAGGUCCCGACGGAGCGCCGCACGCUGCCUGCUGAGCUGCCUGGGAAUCGCGGCUGUGCACUCAGCAAGCGCACUCCCCACACGGAGACCAUGCAGACGUGCUGCUCGCUGCCAGACACACCCAUCUUUGUGCGGGGCUGCGAUGUGCCACGGACACCGCACCGGCGCGCGCCUGAUGUGCCGACUUGCGCGCGCACGGCUCCACGCCCCGGUGGGCUCGCCGGCCGUGCUAGGACUGCCCUCACGGGCGCAGAGCUACUGCGGCUGGCGGGCGGGCCGGGCCGGGGCUGGUACCCUCGACACCGCCAGCCCCGACCAGUCUCAAUAGAGCACCUGGACCACCUGCCCUGGGAGGCCCGGGAUCCCAGGAAGCCUCUCACGCUGCCCCCGAACCUGUCGCCUCGGUUCUUCCAGCGGUCGCCACGGGAGGCGCUGCGCAGGGUCACCAGCCUGCUCAUCCGAAGAGCUUUCUUCAAGACACUGACCACGAGACCAGCCAAGAUGGUCGUCUUCUUUAUGCAUCACGAGAGACAUUUAACAACUCUGACUUAUUACAAACUCUCUUCAACACAAUGCCUGAGACGUCUGUCAAGGCGCUGACCCACACGCAUCAUGAGAGGCAAUACUGUCUUGACGGAGUCGCCUGCCAAUAUCCAUCACCAAACAAGCAUGGACUAAACUUUGUUAGCUAGGAAGAGCGGGCUACAUACAAAAUGACUUGUUUGGAAAAAAAUUAUAUUACAGAUUUAUAAAAAAAAACAUGGUUUUAUUUCUCGUAAUUAAAAUUCCAACUUCAAACUGAUUCUUGGUAAUACAACAUCUAGUUUCGAGGUAUAAGUAAACAAUCUUACAAAUGAAUAACUAAAAUGGAAAGUAAAAAUAAAAGCAUACCAUACCAGUUGGAGGCUAUUGGAGUUAAUUUGUGCCAGAAACAAAUACGUCCUCCAUGAUGAAAAAGAGAUAACAUAUUUAUUUCAUCGGACAGUUGUCUGGUAUAGACGGGUUUUUUUUUCCCUCUUAUUGAACAUGAUUAAUAAACUCGUAUAAAGUAGUAAAAAAAGAAUCUAAAUAAUUGUUGUAGGUUUUAAUUACUUUUAGCACUGACCAAUAAUCUAACCAUGGACGGAAUUUGAUCGAAUCAUUAUUACAUUAGAAGGCGAUUUUUUAAAAUGAAUUUUGGAACUAUUCUCGAAUUUUAGUUUAAUAAUUACAUAUUUUGAAACUAACGGUACGUUCUAGAAAACAUAAAAAUUGGCGGCCUGGGUCAAGAUCAUCAAAGAUGGCGGCCGAGUCCCGCAACCCAGUGCCACAGGAUGAACUAUACUUACCUCCUUAUGAUCUUACCUGAUGGGCUCAUCACGUACUGCUUUAAUACCUAAUAGUUAUGUCGCACACUAUUGGGCACGUUGUUGGAUGAAGCGCACUGCACUGACUGCUUCAACGGUAUUCCUCAUCAUAUGGACACAUUUAAACAGGUAUGUCGGACACUGUAUUGAGUAUCAAUUUUUCAUGCCGCGCAUUCUACAUGAUGCUUAAUGAGCAUGCAUUUGGUAUUGCUUAUCUAAUGGGCAGGUCACAAAAUGUAUUGUGUUACUAAUGAGAAUGUCACAUACUGUAUUGAUUAUCUAAUAGACACGUUGCACACCAUAUAGAGUAUCCUUUGGGCAUAUCGUGUCUUGUAGGCUAUUAGGUUUUUGCCUGCGUCAAACUUUUAAAAAUCGUGGAGUGGUCCAGACCCAGGUGACACGAACACUACCUUGUUCCUUAACGAGAACUCCGUCAGAUCAAUUAUUGUGAAUGUGGAAUGUGCUGCUAUAAGGCUACUUAUAAAUAUUAUAUUUUUAUUUAUCUGGCUAAAUCAUAAUUGAAUUUUUGAAUAUUUUACUGUACCAAUAGUCACGUGGUUAGAUGAGCAUACCUUCUAUGACAGAGCGUACAAAGAGUAAUGAAAAAAAUAGUAUGAAAAACUUUUGUUUAACAACAUUAUUAUUUAUUGUAAUUAGGGAUAUAAUAAGUGUUAAGAUAUAUUACAUAUUUAAAAUAGUAUUCAGUGUAACUAGACGUAUAAUCAACUGUUUUGACAAUAAAUUGUCAUUAUAAAAAAAAGAGGGGGUUGUCUGUAAAGUCGGUUUACGGACGAUAAUUUUACGUGAUAACGCCAUAAGAAAACAUUGAUGAAAAAUUGCAUACAAAGCACAUUAACUUUUCACUUCACCUUAUAAACAGUUGACAAAACAGUUUACGUGUAGGUUGUGUGCUGCCGCUGUCUCUCUUCUACUCGGACGCAUCGGCCGAUGGAGUGGAAGAGAUAGAUGCGUCACAAGCCGAUCGUGCGCCUCUGUCGCUUGUUCCGCGCUCUCGCUUACACGCUCGGCUCAGGCGGAACGUGACAAUGAGUCAUGAUUUUUCAUGCGUGCAGCCGGUGUUCAUCGAUUUAUAAGACGUUAUCACGUCAAUAAAUAUUCGUCGAUGAACACUGAAAAUAAGUGCCGAGAAAUACUAUAAAUGUAAGACAGAUUAGAACUAUGUUUUGAAGCGACAAUUGUUGGAACCGGUUAUGAUCUUGGAGUGUGGUAGUGUGUGGUAGUAUUUGGUAGUGUGUAGUAGUGUGUGGUGGUGUGUGGUAGUGUUGUGCAAGAGAACACAUCCUGGAGCUCCGGAGUAAGCUUGAAAGUGUGGGAGCUUCGUGGCAUGUAUCAUCAGGGCCUGACGUAUGGUUGAACUGGCAGGUGCCCUAGGAGGAAGACCUAACUGCAGCCAGAGAACCGAGGAGUGUCCUGGGUUCAAUAUUAGCAAACUAAGUAAUAUUUAAAUCAUAAUAGUAAGUUCUAUGUAUUUGUAGAUAUUUGUAGACUGUCGCAGAGUAACUUCUCUAUGUUUGACGAAUGAUACGAAAUUAUUGUGAACUCAGAGGCAGAAAUUAUAGCCAUUGAGUAAUCCGGUAACUUGUAAAUUGUUUAACGCAUUGGCCAGUCAAGUCAAAGAUAGGUAAGUUGAAUCAUAAAUUAAAAUUAAUAAUUUCUACUUAAUAUUGGAUUAGUAGUGUCCAUUUUUGCAAUUGAAUUUAUCACUUUUAGAUGUAUAGUUAUUGAUUAUAGUAGUUUCAUUAAAAUUACUUUUGAAGAAUUAUUAUUUUAUUAUAUGUAUAUAUUUGAUAUUGUGACUGACAAUGAUAUUAGUAUGAAUUUGAUGUGUAGGAAUAGUGAUGAUAAUAAUAAUAAUUAAUUGACUUAGAAAGUGUAACCAUAUCCACUUCAGUUUCAUAACCCAGGAAGGACACUUACAUAUAGGCUCCCUUACAUGGGCUCGAUAAUGUAAUAAUACGCUGCUUGCUUUAUUAAUAGACUUAAAACAUCUCUGGACCUCAAAAAUUGUAGUAUUCACGAGUAACACAUACUUAGUGUUGCGUUUUUUUUUAAUUAACUACGUAAAGGAUGCAAGUUCUGUUUUUUAGAACAUUUGGAAGUGAAACUUCUUUGCUGAGGGGGCUACAAAUUUCGAGCGUUACGAACAUUCCGAUCGCACGAGGGGCAUAGUUAGGUGCGUGGUGGGGGAACUGGCAGAGUAGGAGAGUGCGUCAGCGGCGACGCCACUCCAACCAUGCGCUAGCGGUCCAAUGGGAAGACGGCAGGGAAGAGGUAGAAAUGACGCAGCAGUGAUGCUACGAAAUUUUAAUAACACUGCUUGUGUUCGUCUACUCCCCAGUUUUCGUAACGGCUAACGAUUAACGCUACCAUAUUUCUUUUAUUUAAUUUAAAGUAUAUAAAAUUUAUUCAUUAGUGUGGAAAACAGUUAUUUAUUUGUUAAAUCAACGAUAUAAGUAUCAUUCAUUUUUAUGUGAAUAAUGUGAUUGAAAUUGUAAAAAAACACACAUGGACUUAAGAUAUUAGCUUUUAAGUGUAAUUUAUUUUUGGCAUGUGAAUACUUUGAUUUGAAAAGUCAAAAGGACUUAUAAGUGUAUUUUAUAUUCGAUGGGGGUGUUUUUUUAUUUUUAUUCAGCUGUAGAAAGUGAUUUAGCAUCAUGCAUAAAAAUAAUAAAUGGCAGAAGGACAUAAGAGGUAUUAUUAAAGGAAAUGUGGGAAGAAACCGCCAAAAGAGGCGCCAAUAAGCGCCAGUGAACGAAUGUGAGAGUAGAGGGCACAUAAAAAGGACUUUUUUUUCAAUUGAGAUCCCGCACCCUUACUAUUAUCAAUAAUUAUCUCUUGUUCAGUUAAAAAAUACUAAUAACUUAUCUCUAUUUGUACCUAAUAGACCAGACGUUUCACUUGUCGCGUGCGGACUCCACUGACACAUUUUUUUAUUAAUUAAGUGUUUGGUUAUGGCUGUUUGCAAUGUUGUACAACUCUUUGCUCUGUUUACACUAUCCAAAAAUAUCUCCAAUAAAAUCACACAACUAACUGUCACAAUUGCCUUCACGAUUACUCACUGCGAGAUCCUGUUACCACACACUAUGUUCCCAUCUAUCAUCGUUUCAACAGCUCUCUCUCUCUCUCACUCACUCACUCACUCACUCACUCUCACUCUCUCCCUCCCUCUCUCUUGCCUCGUCAGGGGCGUAUCUGUGCUAGUGAGGCGGGAUGAUAAGCGCGACGCUCGCUGGUGCUUCUAGCGCGCUGUCUGCUCUGGACUGGCGCGCAGUCUUCUCGUCGUGCAUUUGAGCGGCGGCCGUAUCAUUAUAUGGCUGAGAAAUAAAGAUAAAGGUGUGAUGCAAGUCCCUUAAGUGCUUUCAAGAAUCUGUACCGGUUGUUUUACGCCUAAAAAUUACUCUGAAAACGUGCGUUUUAGCCAUUUUAGCUCUUCUAAAUAUACAGUUAAAAAACUUAAUCCGAAAUCAAAAGUACUUUUCGACCCUCAGCGAACUCUUAAAUGUUUUUCGUAAGCAGACCCCACUCGGAUAUCCCGAGUAGUUUUGAAGUUGCGGUGUUUUCCCUGGAGCUCUGCGCACCGCGUGUGUGCCCGGGUGGGCGGGGCCAGCUGCUGCCACGUGGCUCCUGUAGUCUCACGGCCUGGCCGCGGCGCGCCAGUGUCGCCGGCUGCUGGUGGGGCGUCGACACGACUUCCAGGCACUUCAAAAACUAAUGAUUACAGUUCGGUGUUGCAGCUACAUAUCUAUCAACUCCAUCCAGAAUUUAAUUACACCACUGGAUAGCUAAAUAAUCAAAGAAUUCGUUACGCUAAGUGAAAACUGUGACGCAUCGCGCGUGGUGGAGGGGGAAGCGACGCCAUUUCGAGGUCAUUUUGCUGCGUUUCGGGAUUUCCAUUUAGUAUAACUUUUGACUCGGAGAAGCUACGACGUUCGUUUGAGUUUCAAUCGUCAACUCUCGUCAAAAUCUAUCGAUUGCAUAUAUAAAACAUUAGUGUAAAAUAAUUACAAUGAAUAUAUAUUGUUAUGGUAGGAAAACCCUACCUAACGAGAAUUCCCCAAAAGGCAGGACAACUGCAAUACACGGAGUCUAAGAGGUUGCAUAACUUCUAGACCCCAGGAAACCCUAGACUCACAAGUCGACCGAGCCCCUAGCAACAAGGCAGUGAGCGCUGAUUGGCUCAAGAUGAUGUCACUUCAAGUCUGUGCUGAUUGGCACUUGAUGAUGUCAUGCUGGGUUCGCCGGGUAUAAAUACGGGUUUGUUAGCAAGCAGCGUACGACGCUGCCGACUUAGAAGAAUCAGCACUCGGGGCAGAAGGAAUCGCUGCUCCGCCACGAGAGACAGGCAACAACCGGACUCUGCCUGCGGCGGACGCGCCGCCAUCUCCAGAGUCUAUCACCUCCACCCGCAGCCGAGGUGGCACUUAGGCGAAUUUCAACAAGCAGUAAGUGGAACUUUAUCUUUUCACACUGGACCGGGACUUAGCCGCAGACAACAUAAUAAGAAGAAACGGACUUAACCUCAGACGCCACGACUCGCCACCAAUACUCGCCAGGAGCGAGUAGGAACUCGCUCGGCGAGUAAUUUUGUGAAAAGCUGCUAAUCAAAUUUGAAGUUCUCAGGGGUGGGCGAAUACCCCCUGAAGGAAAAUAGUGAAGGGAGCAGACUUUUGAUUAGGGACACUCGCUCAGCGAGUGGGGAAGGUGCGAGUCGGCGCAACGAGAGUGGAAGUCGACAUCUACAUCGUCCGCAUACGGCGAAGAGGGGUUUAUAGGCAGCGUUGGCGAACUUACCCGGAAUUGACUUUGUACAUGGAGUAAGGAAUUGAGAGAGACAGGACUGAGACUCCGGAUAACCGGAAAUAUAAAGACGACGAGUUGGCCGCACCUCAAUAGUGUGUAGGCGAAAGCGCCACUAGGGAUCUGACUUAAAUGUUAAAUAUAAUAAAAAUGGAGGGCGGACCCAAACUCACAGCGUUGGUCUAAGUUUAAGUCGAGUGUAUGUUUUGAAUUGUGUGUCAGAUACAGAUUGUGUAUAAUUGAGUAAAGUUAACUUUAGUUUGGAAUUUUGGUAGUAACAGGAAAUUAAUUCAAAGAAAAUAGAAUACCAAAUUUAUACUGUUUGUUGCCAUAGCUAACAUAAUUGGUAAAUGUCAGGAUUAUUAUUUGUUUUUUUUACGAGAUUAUUGCAUCAAAUUGAAAGUGUGUAAUUUGUGUUCACAGAGAUCGUCAGCCAUUUGCAGUAAACCUGUUUUAGCUAUUGAAGCAAACGGCGACGUAUCAAUACCAAGUUUGCAUGUUUGUCGUGUGCUAUAUCAUAACCAAUAAAAGCGUCUUGUACACAAAACUGUUUAAGUUUCUUCGCAAGAUAAAAACCCAACCUAUCUCCCUUGGCAACUCUGUUCGAGUCGCUGCAGGAGAUAACAAUAUAAUAAAAAUAUAUAAUCGGAAAUAUAUAAUGUCGGCCUAUACGCGUCAAAAAGCCGAAUCCAAAUACAGAGAUCGUAUACGGUUGUAAAGGGCUUCCCAAAAGCAAUCGAAUGAUACCAAUACACCAUACGACCGAGUGAAGCAGUGCCGGGAACGUUAAAGAAUGAAUGCGGCCGAGCGGAUCAACUACGGCGCCAGUACAUCUGCAGCUGGGGCGGUUGAAAUUAUGCGAGUGGAUGAUGAAAUCGCUUCUAUAUCGACGCCCGACUGUGUAGGCAUCGAUUGUGUAUGAUCGUCGAUUAUGAAGACACGUUGGGCAGCAGCUAGUGCCAGUUUCGUGCCCGAAGGACUUCUCAGUGUUCAAACAUGAUUAUAACAUACAUAAAGUAGCGUAUUUUAUAUUUUGUAUAGAAAAUGUUACUUGUCACGUACACGUAUUCACGUACAACACACGGCCACACCCCAUUAUGGUUGGUUGGUCUGUUAGGGCAGUAUUGCGGGUCAGGUAGCGAAUAAACAACACCGUAACCCGCCUCGCGGGCUUUAUUCCAGGACGUGUCCAAACAAAAUCCCAGUGAGGUAACAGAAAGGCAACUGUGCCCUGCGCAUUCUGGCGGACGGGUGGCAACUAUCGAUACAAUUGUUUCAGCCAAAAUCCCAGAGAUAGCAGCACCGUCACACGCAGGAGAUGGGUUUUUUGAAGUGAAAACUUAUUUAGCCGCGUUGAGCGAUUUUCUGUAGGGGCAAAACUUAUGGGUUCGCGUCACCGACAUGCUAGUAGCGUGUUGCGCCAGACUGUGUACAUGCAUACGCAUAUAUACACUAGUACAUUGUAUAUACUCGACUAUCAUGUGCGUGUUGUACUCUUUGUUUGGAUGGGUAAAAUCUUGUGAGUUCGCAUCUUCGACAUGCUGAAGUAGCAGUAAGUGAAGUUAAUUUGACCACAUGACCUAGGUCUGACAUCACUGGUAAGUCAUAGCUAGGUAAUGAAUCUGUACGUAAUUUUGACAUCUGUUGUGACUAAAAAAAAAUGAUGUAAGGAUAAAUGAUAUCAUGCUGACAUCGUACUGAUAUAAUAAUACCAAAAUCAUUUUCUUACGUACAUUUGACGUAGAAAUGAUGUCAUAUUACACAUUUAAAAACAAAGUUUUAAGUUUUCACUUCUGUUGACAGUCCCCUUGACUGGCUAUAUAUUAUUUCUUGUUGUGGCCAUUAAAGUGUUCAACAUGUGUCCCAGGAUAGUUUCGCUACCAUGAGGUACCACUCGGCACACCUGCACGCUCGGUGCGUCCCGCGGUGAACACAUCUGCGCAUGCGCGGAAUAGGGGCAACAGGUCGGGACCGGCACCAGGGCCCAGGUGUAGCAUGCUGGAGAACAGCAGGCGCUGUGCGGCCGCUAGCCCAGGGUCGAGGCGGGGUGGUCAUAACAAGUCAUUCAGAAAACAAGUCGCUUUACGGACGAUAAUUUUACGUGAUAACGUCAUAAGAAAACAUUGAUGAAAAAUUGCAUACUUUUUAAUUUUCAAAUAUUAUUUACAGAGUUUUUUUUGCAAAUUUAAUUUAAACAAUUUGUAAAAAUAUAAUCACGAAAAUUAGUUAUAGAAAUAAACUGAAAUCAAAUCAAUGUCAGUAAAUUGUUAAUUUGAAAUGACGAAAUUGAACAAAUAAAUCAUUUUUUUUUAAUUGCUGCUUUUAAAAAGCCCGCCUAAACCUGUUUAAUAUUAUAUAAGAUUUUCUCGCACAGUGGUUGGCGGGUUCUUGCACGCUCGGCUCAGGCGGAACGUGACAAUGAGUAAUGCUUUUUCGUGCGUGUAGCCGGCGUUCAUCGGUUUAUAUGACGUUAUUACGUCGAAAAAAAAAUUGUUUAUUCUUUUGGUUUUUAAGCUAUUUGCAAAUAAUUUUGUUUUUGUAAUGUUGAGUUCUGAGGAAUGUGGGCCAAUAAUGUUUCACGGGCCUUGCGCUCUAGGAAUAUUUAAAAUGACUCGACAUUGAGACAUCACAAUUUACAAAUGAUGAAUGAAUAAAUAUCCUUCACUCCUGUGGUAAAGGAAAAGUGAACGAGUCUUGCACACCAGCCAGAGAUGUGUGACAUCUGGCCUCGGUAACGAGUGAGUUCAUGUGUUCUCGUGUUGCAAAUACGUUUGUAUAACGUACACUAAAUUUAACUUAGAAUUCUCUCAAAUAAUUCUGAGCUUGAUAAACACGGAAAUUAAUCUCAUCUCUGGACGCGAACCACACGUUGUUUUUGCGCCCACCGCUAGAGUACAUUGCGUAGCAGAGCAGCUGUGUCGACUGUCGAAUCAUUCGAAUUUACGAGCGAAGUAAUAAACCAUAUAAUGUAAUGGCUACGAUAAAAACGCAUUAUCAAAAAAUAAAUAAACCCGGAUUUCGGACUUCGGACCUCCAUUUCGACAAGGAUUUUAAUAAAAUACUGCCCGGCUUGUUAAUAUUCAUCAAACAGUUAAUACUAUAACGUUCUCUUUGGCUUUGUGAACUCUGGUUUGCGCCAUCCGCCACAGAUGGCAGCACCGAAAUUCGCGACAUCACUGCAGCCAACUGUUACACAUAAAAAAUGUUACUGGAAAAAAAGAGAAAACAAACUUUGGCAAUUAAUUUGUAACAUUCCGGGGAGAAGAAGCCCAUAUCAUUAUAGUUAUUGAGGAUCUUGGAGGUAUAAAUAGUGCAUUCAGUGUGCUCGCAGACAGGACUAAUGCUGCUGGUUAGGGCAGUGCGCCUCUCUGCCCUGUGGGAGCAGCACUGUUUCCAGCCCAGGUCCCGAGCAGACUGGGCUACCAGCUGAGACUCAGUGAGAGUCAUCACGCAGCGCGGCAACAUGGCGGAGCGACAGGCAGCAGGACUGCAGUAUCGACCCGCCGCGCCGCCCACUCGUGCCCUGACUCAACCUCGCGCUCUGCGCCUUGCACCGCUAGCUCCAGACCCAGUGGUUCCCUGGUUCCCCUCGCAACACACCACGCAGUUCCUCGCAUCAGAGCGCCCUGUUCCCCUUGCACCGCGCGACGCAUCCCCCUGGUUGCUGUCGCACCACACCACCACCGGGCCCAGAACCCCUCACACAUUUCACCCUAACACACAUCAACACUUGAACCCAAUAAUUCUUAGCUCUACAGAGUAUUGGAAUAAUACUAAAACUUAUAAUGACACAGCACACUAGGAUUACUAAACCUGGAACAAAACUUGAGCGACCGUAAGGCAUUGUUUUUAUUUUGUUUAUUAAGAAAUUUGCCGUAUAAAUGUAUGAAUGUGUUGAAUGCCCGACUGAGUGUACCUGGCUAUCACGAACUGCAGGAGUAGUUACACCGCUCGGUCUGUGUAGGGGCCUACAGUGGCUGCAGUGCAGUUUAGUAAUGGCGGCGCUCAUGAGCUGCGUGAGUGGGUACAGCUGUUCCAGGAUUAUCGUGUUAGACAAAUAAAAAAUACCAUAUGCAACUAAUUUCAACAGCAAAAGGAGGGAGAAAGCUCAUGAAUAAACCGUGGCCUUAGUAACGGUGAAAAAAAAAGUUGUCGUCUCAUACAUGGAAGCUGAAAACUAAUGCCAAUCAACUAAGAACCAAAUUCGCAAAGCAAUGGGACAAACUAACCGACAUUCGCUAAAGGAAAGAAAAAAAAAUGCAAAACCAGUACCUAAUAUAACCGUUAUAACAAAUCGUAAUCCUUGCAGUGUAAGUGGUCGCCGUUAGUAUGUAAAAUGUAAACCUCGCAAGUGGGACUGCAAAGAAAAUGCGCUAGUGCGCAUAUUACAAACAUGAUGAAAUAUAUUUGUAUUCAACCUAAUUACAAUUAAGAUUACCUUUUCACUUUUAAACUAAUGAUUUCUUAUGAGCCAUAAUAAUCAGAACAUAUCCACUCUCUAGGUACCACUGACACACAAGUGAUUUUCCGUUUGCUAGGGAAUACAUGUAUUUGUUUUCAAAGUUGUAACGCAUGCUGGUGAAAGUAGUAUGUAAAUGGCGUCCGGCGCCAGGAGUAGGAUAGUGGUGGUGUCGACCGCCAUCUUGAAUAGUGACGUCACGCUGGCCAUAGUGUAUGACCCUGACCUUUGACAUCGACCUUCCAAAUUAGCCAUAUAUAUUUGCCCAAAAUUCCUCUAAAUUUACCAAAAAUUCACAACAUUUUCCAGUUUUUCAAAAAAAAUUCAUCCAAGAAAUCCCAAAAAAAUCAGAAAAACAAAA